CAGAAUGAAUCAGCCUGAGGAAUUAAACUGGCUAGAAAUUAUCAGGAAAAAGAAAAGAAUACUUUGUUGUCUUUGCUGCCCAACUUAAUGUAUAGUGGGACCAGGCAAACUCCAGAAGUCCUGCAUGGUGGGCAAUGAGACUACAGGGAGGGGAAAGUGCUUCCUGUUGGAUUGACUUGGAUGUAGCCUGAAACUGCAGCUGAAGACCUUGAAUGAUAGAUGCAGCUGUGUCGAACAGCUUUUUUAUGAAGUGCCAAACAAGAACACUCUCCUUGUAUUCAAGUCCCAGAGUCCACUGCAGCAAGAAAGAGCUGCCAGCAAAAACUCCUCAGCAAGUCUUACUGCUUCAGGCUAAGGAGGUGAUCAAAGUAGAGGGCGGGAUGUCGGAGCUGAGUGAUGAAGCCAGCGAGUCGGAGCUGCUGAGCCGCAGUCUUUCCAUGUGGCAUGGGGUUGGUCAGAUGAUCUGUCGGGAAGAGCUGGACGUUCCCCUGGACUUGCAUACAGCCUCCUCCGUCGGCCAGUAUGAAGUGGUGCAGGAAUGUAUUCAGCGUGGAGAUCUGGAUUUAAAUAAGAGGAAUUGUGGUGGCUGGACUCCACUGAUGUAUGCCUCCUACAUUGGCCAUGACACCAUUGUGCACCUGCUGCUGGAAGCGGGAGUGAAUGUGAACAUCCCAACACCAGAAGGGCAGACGCCGCUCAUGCUGGCCUCCAGCUGUGGAAAUGAAAGUGUUGCUUACUUUCUUCUACAGCAAGGCGCAGAGCUGGAGAUGAAGGAUAUUCAUGGUUGGACUGCCUUAUUUCACUGCACCAGUGCCGGACAUCAGCAGAUGGUCAAGUUCUUACUGGACAAUGGGGCAAAUGCCAACUGCAAGGAGCCUGUGUAUGGAUAUACACCUCUGAUGGAAGCAGCUGCUUCUGGCCAUGAGAUAAUUGUUCAGUACCUUCUCAAUCAUGGAGUGAAGGCAGAUGUCAGAGAUAACACUGGAGCCACAGCACGGACACUGGCCAUGAAGUAUGGACAUACAAAGAUUGUGGGGCUGAUAGAUUUGCAUGCAGCCCCAGUGCCCAAGGUCUUCUGCAGGGGUCCAGGAAAAUAUGAAGAGCUGAGUUCCUCAGAUGAAUCAUGUUCUGCUCCCCAGAGACAGAGACCUGUUCGUAGGACCAAGGGUCCCAGCAUCCAUGACGGACCCCAAGCUUUGGCUAAGAUAACAGCAGUUGGAAUCGGGGGAAAGAAGCAGUCUCGCUAUGAGCAGGUCCCUCCUCAGGGCUACGUUACCUUCGAUGAUGAUGGCAGCUGUGAAGCAGACAAUAUCCGGAAUCGGGAUGUUACCUCUCCAAUUAAUGAGCAGGAUGUGGAGAGCAGCAGCAGCAGGGAGGAUAACAUUUUUUUCACCAACAACUUGGCAACUGUCAGGAGCAGCAGCAGCAGCAGUGAAUGCCUGACCAAAGCCCUGGGAGUCAGCAGUGAAGGCUCCUUGGAAAGCAAUGAGGAUUCUGACCAUGCAAACAGUCCCCCUAGUCGGAAACAAGCCAAGAGCUUUAAGAUCAAGAACCGCUACAGCAACAGCGAUAGCCAGUGGACCCACUGCCCAGGGAAAGCUGGGGGCUCUAGUCAGCACCUAAUACUUCCUGAGCCUCCUGCCUAUACAGGGCCCCAGGACCUGGCAACAUUCCUUGAGCAGAUUGGGUGCCUGAAGUAUCUGCAAGUGUUUGAGGAGCAAGAUGUUGACCUCCGGAUCUUCCUGACCCUCACAGAGAGUGAUCUGAAGGAGAUAGGCAUCACUCUGUUUGGACCCAAGAGGAAGAUGACCUCUGCCAUUGCCCGAUGGCACAGCAAUGCUCGGCCGCCCAGUGAUGCCCUGGAGCUGGCCUACGCAGAUCGGCUGGAGGCUGAGAUGCAGGAAUUGGCCAUUCAGCUGCACAAGAGUUGUGAAGAGGUGGAGGUGAUGAAGGGCCAGGUGUGCCAGGAGCAGAAGCUGCGUGCAGUGGCUGAGAGCUGUUUGAUGGAGCGGGAUGAGACCUGGAAUGCCAUACAGUGCCAGCUCAAAGAGGCUCAGGCCAUCACCAAGGAUGCUGGAGUCCUGCUGGAUCAGAUCAAAUCCUGUCAAGCAGAGCUGUCCUCCCGGCUAACCCAAGAGCAGGCAGUCGGCAGAGUGCUGGACACAAAGGUGCAGCUGGGAACCGGUGAGAGCAGGCGGCCUGGUGAACGUCCAGUACUGGAAGGAUGGCCACCUUCCUUGAAGUCUCUGAGCUUGCCUGAGCUGUCAGCUGUCCUAGAGGAGUGUGUGGGGGAAAUGGGAAAAGCUCUGCAGACUGUGACUCAAAACCUCCAAAGGCUCCAAGCCCCAGGCCAGAGCGGGCAGAGCUGGCUAGAGCUGUAACAAAGCAGGAGGGAAUACUGACGUCGGGUGACUGUUCCACCCGGAAGCUGAGUGUGCCUGAGAGAAUGAGCGCAAGGGUCGUGCUGGCAGCACUGCAGCUCUGCUGAGGGUGCUGCAGCAGCUGGUGGAUGUUUGGAAGAAGGUCUCAGCCAUCAGAGAACAGGCCUGGGAGAACGAGGGGCAGCAGAAGACAACCCAGGAGCUCUUUGGGCCGGACUGUUGUCUGGGUUCCCAGGAUCAUUGUUGUUCAUACCAAAACGUUAGGUUAAGAGGAGAAGCACUGAGCCCAGAAGUUUUAUCUGUCUUAAGCUUCCUGCAGCCCUUGUCAUUCAGGGCUGUGUGGUGUUAGAAAGUUGACAGUUACCCACAGCUAUCAAUUAACUAUCCUUUUCUGCAUCCCAUCUUCCCCAAGGCCUCUGACACUUGCCCUGGCUGCUCCUAUGCCACGUGGAUCGGCACAGAAAAUGUAUCUGAGGCAGUAAGGAAGGCAGGUUUGUUGUGGAUGGGUAAAGUGAAUAGAGUUUGUAAUGUUUGCCUUAUUAAGCUGCAGCGAAUCUCAUGCAGCCCUAGUGUCUAGCUGGAAUGUCUGCUCUACUGCCAUCCCAGAUCUGUGCUUCAAAACCUUUCCUCCAACCAGCCCACCCUGGUUUGCUUCAGAUUCUUGGCCUCCUCAGGGGUUGUUUGUGAUCAUGUGAUUUAGUCCCGAAGAACUCGUUUUUGUGGUAAAUGCUUUAUGGCAGAGACCGUUGGUCUGGUUUGUCAGUGCCAAGAUCCCAACACUGACAGUGGUGGCAAAGCAGAUGUUCUCCUGGAAGGACAUGAGAGAGAACGAAGAGCUUGAGACUGUUCAUUCUUCUGUGCCUCUGGCAAGCAGCAGAGUGCCAAGGCAGGCAGAACAAGAGCGGAGGGAUAGAUCUAUUCCACAUGGGAGAUGGGCAAAAGAAAUCACAUCCCAGACGUAGCUGCGGUGCAAAGCUUUGGUCCUCAACCGCUGCCUGCCUUUGAUUUCCAGGCUUUAGUGUUUAGGAACAGUUCUGCCAAGGCAUUCUCAUGUUGGCGGUGUGGGCAUUUUCAAAGGGCAGACAAGUGGUGCAGGAAGAGGCUGCCUUUCCAGGAGACUGCUCCAUCUCUUGGAGCUGGGUGAGCAGCCACAAGGGCUUUGGUGGCAGUUACGUUGAUGUAAAAUGGUUUCUAGUACCUCUCUGUUCCUGUGUAUUGCUGAGUCUUGUGGAGGGUGGGGAAACCAACAAUCAACAAAACCUGAAGUCUGUGAGAGAUGGCCUUGAUAAGUCUGGAAAAGUAUCUUUGGGAAGAGGAAGAAACUGUGUGUUCCUGCUGAUUUUUGGACCUUGAUCACAGAUGCCAAAAUACAAAAAUCCAUUCUGGCUCCAUCCUUUGAGCUCGUCGCCCCUUCUGAUCAGCAGCCUAAGACCAUAUAGGCAGACUUGAAGGCUAGUCUGCACUUGGUAAAGGUGACAUCUAGUUUGAUUGUUCUACUGAUGUAUCUGUGCUUCCUGGGGACAGUCGUGGGGCACUGAGAUAGGUAUGGCCCAUGCUGAUAUGAACCUGCCCUGCUGGCAGCUUGUAUGUGCUUGGCAGUGUGCUCAGCUGUGUGGGUCUGCUUUCUACUCAGGUUUAACUCUUAAACUUAACAUGGCACACUGUUUUUUCAUCUUUAGCAAAUGACAUGGGUAUAUGCAUGUGGGUGUCUGGUGCUAGCUGUGCAGCAGGCAGUGGGACAAAGCUGCAGGAGAUUUCACCCUGAAGAAUUAGUUUUGAUGAGGUGGAGCCAAUUCUCCCAAAGCAGCAUCCCUGAAAGCUUCUCGGGGUAUUGAGGCUGUUCUGGGAAGAAUAUUUUGGGCUUUGUCCUUCCUUCCCUGUUGCUGGAGGAAUGGUGGGGAGUGCCAAGGCAGUUUGCACUGCCCUCUCCCUAGCCUCUGGUGGUGUCUCUGGCUGUACUAGUACAGGGUUGUCAGUGCUGUGUCCCUUGGAAGCCCAGACUUGAAUUUAAGGCAAGAUGCCUGUGGGGAAAGGGGGAAAGUUUUCAUAGAAGGAAAAAAAACAAAACAAAACAACAACAACAACAAAACCAAAACAACAAAAAAAAUCAAAACCCAAGUGAAGGGGCCUAGGAGCAGCUGGAGAGCAAGGGAAGCCCUGGCUCAGCAAUGCCUUUAGAGCUGGGUAGGCUGUGUAGGAAAGUGGGUGGCUGGAAGGAGAGACUACACAGACUUGGGGCUGGCUUUGCUAGGUCAUAAGGUGGAAGAAAGGGGUGUUUUGGGGGGUAAGAUGGUACAUACAAUAGAUUGUAAUGCUUGGGGGCCUGGGAAAAGGGGGAGGUGAGAUGCAGCAGUGUAUGUAUGAAGGAAAAGGAGAGCCCCACAGAAAAGGUGCUGCAGGAGCCCAGAUGCAAAGGCUUAAAGGGGUGCUAGAGUAGCCCAAGGGGGAAAGCGGGGAGAGGAUUUUAUAGAAUAGUGUUUCCGUGGGGAGGCAAUCCCUUAAAUGGAGGACUUUAAACAGCAUUCAUUGCUGAAAGGGGGGCUGUGCAGGCAGCAGGGGGUCUGGUGCUACCCUAAGGCAAGCUGUCCGAAUAAAAUAGUAUUUGCUGACUUGGAUAAAAUAAUAAAAACUGAAAACCUG